UUCAUAUUUUUUUCUUCACUUUCUUCUCAACCUCUCUCUGGCUGUCUCCUCUUCUCACCUUUUCGACUUGUUCCCUUAUCUGCUUCUUCUUCUCUAUUCCAUCUCUUUCGCUCCCUCCUCAGCGAUCAAGGCCGCCGCUGUACUGCUCCAGGAAGCUUGUGAGGCAUUAUAGUAUUUGGAAGCAAAGAUGCAGGCUUGUGGUGGAGCUGCAGUGAUGGGUUCUCUUCAACAGCCCACUUGGACCAAAGGAACAAUUUUUCCAAACAAGGGGCUUUUCGGUACUGGAUUUUCACAUAAACUAAAGCUCACUUGUGUGAAGCCCGUUAGAUCUUCUUCUUCUUACAUUGAAGGAAGCUUGGUUGCUGGAAGGCCAUCCUCUUCUAUCUCGGUGACUUUGCCUGAAAUUGGUGGUAAUGGAAGCAGUUUUGUAGACAAUGGGUUAAGUGAGGCUGACCCUGAGGUGCGUGCUAUUAUUGAAAUGGAGAAGGAGCGACAGUUCAAGAGCCUUGAGCUUAUUGCCUCGGAGAAUUUUACUUAUCGGGCAGUUAUGGAGGCAGUUGGCUCAUGCCUCACGAACAAGUAUUCGGAAGGAUUACCAGGUAAAAGGUACUAUGGUGGCAAUGAGCACAUUGAUGAGCUUGAAACACUUUGCCAAAAAAGGGCUCUAGAUGCAUUUCACUUAGAUGGAAAGAAGUGGGGUGUUAAUGUUCAACCAUUAUCUGGUUCUCCUGCUAAUUUCGAGGUUUAUACCGCAGUUCUUAAACCUCAUGACCGUCUCAUGGGUUUGGACUUGUCUCACGGAGGACAUUUGUCUCAUGGUUUCAUGACUCCUAAAAGACGUGUAUCAGGCACAUCCAUUUAUUUUGAGUCCAUGUCUUAUCGACUCAAUGAAUCCACAGGUCUGGUUGAUUAUGACAAGCUUGAGGAAAUGGCUGACCGAUUUAAACCAAAACUCAUCAUUGCCGGGGCUAGUGCUUAUCCUCGAGAUUUUGACUAUCCUCGCAUGAGGAAGAUUGCGGAUGCUGUUGGUGCUUUUCUUAUGAUGGAUAUGGCUCACAUAAGUGGGCUUGUAGCUGCUUCUGUGCUUGCAAAUCCUUUUGACUACUGCGAUAUUGUGACCACUACAACACACAAGUCUUUGAGAGGUCCAAGAGGUGGAAUGAUCUUCUUCAAGAAAGAUCCAGUUCUUGGGGUUGAUCUAGAAUCUGCCAUCAACAAUGCUGUUUUUCCAGGUUUACAGGGUGGUCCUCAUAACCACACUAUUGGGGGCCUUGCAGUUUGCUUGAAGUAUGCACAGUCCCCAGAAUUUAAGGCUUACCAGAAUAAGGUGGUCUCUAAUUGUAGGGCUCUUGCAAGCCGAUUGACUGAACUUGGGUAUAAACUAGUUUCUGGUGGAAGUGAUAACCAUCUGGUUCUUGUGGAUCUGCGGCCUUUAGGUAUUGAUGGAGCUCGAGUGGAGAAAAUUCUUGACAAGGCUUCUAUCACCCUUAACAAGAAUUCAGUACCUGGCGAUAAAAGUGCUGUAGUGCCCGGUGGCAUUCGCAUUGGAUCACCUGCCAUGACAACAAGAGGAUUCGCUGAGAAAGAUUUCAUAGCUGUUGCAGACUACAUUCAUGAGGGUGUGCAGAUAACAAUUGAUGCUAAACGCGCAGUCUCAGGAUCAAAGCUCCAAGAUUUUAUGAAGUUUGUAGCUUCACCUGAAUUCUCCCUAAAGGAUCGAGUGUUGGAUCUGCAGAGAAGAGUUGAAGCUCUUACCACUCAGUUCCCAAUGCCUGGAGUAUAACUUGUAUAGAAGGAAAUGCAAGCUUAACUUGUCUGCACAACUAUUUCAAGGGAGCUUGUGGAUGACAACUUUUAGGUUUGGCAUGUAAAAUCAUAAAUUAGCGUGCUCUUUGCUAAAUAUUCAUCUUCAAUUUUUGGUCUUGUGUGAAGAUGAGAAAUAAAUGACUAGUUUUCUCCUAGGGAAUUAUUUAGGGAGCUUGAAUUAGGGAUCCACACCAUUGUAGAGCCCUCUCUGAGUUGAAGUUUUGUGAUCCGAACCCUUCCAACACACUUUAGAAAGGUGUUAGCCGUGUGGUGAGCUUGGGCGGGACGGUACAGAGCUUGGGCACAAUUCCCGGAUGUCAAGUUCAACCAGCCGCUCAUGAUGAGGGAAUGCCUUGCAGAGCAGGUAUGAAGGGCCUGAACAGCACAAGGGUUGAGGUCCUAAGAAGUUAUCUAAAUUGAUCCCUUGUUAAUUUGAGUAACAGAGAUUCCAAUUGUUUUACUUUCGCAAUAAUCAUCAAAUGUUGACUUAA